AAACCCCAAAGCCACAAAGGGUUUUUCCCAAGCACUAAAGAAAAAAAAAAAAAAAAAAAUCAACGUCUUCCUCAAAAUCUUCCGAACAGGACGAACUCAGAAACAAAGAACGAAGAAUCAAGCUUUUAGCCUUUGAAGGCGGCGGCACUUUAUAUUCUCUCUCUCAUUUGAUAUCUCCUAUGAAUUUCGAACCUCCUUUAUACUUGUUCCUUCGAACUUCACCUGUUUCAUCAACCCCGUCUUUUUCUCUUCACUUCAAUUCCCAUUCCCCUUCGCUUCUUCUAUUCUUCUUCCCAGCAAUUUGAUGUGCAGCACCACCACAAGUUCCCUCAACAAGGGUCUCGAUUUUAAAUACCCUUUUGAAAAACACGUUGUUUUCCAGCCUGCCCAUUUGAGCAUUUCGUCGAACAUGUGGCGGAACGUCGCCAAGCACGCACUUUCCGCUACUUUCAGGGGGUUCCACCUUCGCUUCCACCCUCCCAAUAGCCCUGUGAAUUCAAUCUUCCAAAAAAGGAUGGGAAUUUUGAGUUUUGCAAGGAAACCAAAUGAUGUUGGAUAUGGCAAGUUGUAUAAAGGGUAUGCUAGUGUUGCUGAGGCGGUUUCUUCUUCCACUGAUGUGGAAGAUGAUUCUCCAGUUCCAUUUGGUGUCAAAGAAUAUGGUAGUGUUGCCGAGACAGUAUCUUCAACUUAUGUUGAGGAAGAUGCCAGUGUGGUGGAUGAAAUUCGAGAAUUGUUGGAGGAGAUGAAGAAGGAAGAGCAGAGACAUGUUGCUUCUUUUAGGUGGAAGCGUGAUAAUUCGAAUAGGAGGGGCAGUAUGACACAGUACAAGUUACAGGAGUUGAGAAGGAGGCAGGUUAAGAUUGAGACCGAAGUGUGGGAGGAGGCGGCAAAGGAGUAUAGAGAGCUCUUGUUGGAUAUGUGUGAGCAGAAGCUUGCACCCAAUUUGCCGUACAUGAAGUCUCUGUUUCUUGGUUGGUUUGAGCCGUUGCGUGAUGCCAUUACCAAGGAGCAGGAAUUGUUCAGGCAGGGGAAGAACAAGUCAGCUUUCGCUCCUUACUUUGAUCAGUUGCCGGCCGAUAAGAUGGCUGUUAUCACAAUGCAUAAGUUGAUGGGGUUAUUGAUGACUGGAAGUGAACGUGGAACCCUUGGCACUGCCAGGGUUGUGCAGGUUGUCUGCAGCAUAGGUGAUGCCAUUGAACAAGAGGUUAAAAUACACAAGUUUUUGGAGAAAACCCAGAAGAAAAAAGGUCGUAAAGGGAAGAAAAAUGAAGCAGAUGAUCAGUCUGCUGUUGACCACAAAGAAGGGGAAAAGCUGCGGAAAAAAGUCCUUGAUUUGAUGAAAAAGCAGAAGCUUGUCGCAGUGAAGGGGAUAGUGAAGAGCCAGGAUGAUGCAAAGCCAUGGGGACCAAUCAUUAAGUCAAAGGUAGGAAGCCGUUUAGUUGAGCUUUUGGUGCAGACAGCCUAUAUACAACCACCAUCAGAUCAAUUAGUGGAUUGUCCACCUGAUAUCCGACCUGCAUUUGUCCAUUCAUUUAAAACAAUGACACAUGAGUCAAUGAAAACAAGCAAAAAAUAUGGUGUUAUUGAAUGCGACCCUAUAGUUCUUAAAGGUCUCGAAAGAACUGCAAAAAAUAUGGUCAUUCCCUACAUGCCUAUGUUGGUUCCACCAAUCAACUGGACAGGUUAUGACAAAGGUGGGUAUUUGUUCUUACCCUCCUAUGUCAUGCGUACCCAUGGAGUCAGGCAACAACGUGAGGCAGUUAGGAGGGCCCCUAGGAAGCAACUUGAGCCUGUAUUUGAGGCUCUGGAUACACUUGGGAACACAAAAUGGAGAGUAAAUAAGAGGGUACUGAGUGUUAUAGACAGGAUAUGGGCUAGUGGAGGACGACUUGCUGAUUUGGUGGACCGAAAUGAUGUUCCUUUACCUGAGGAACCAGAUACUGAUGAUGAAGCUACGAUUAAGAAAUGGAGAUGGAAGGCCAAAUCUGUGAGGAAAGAGAAUAGGGAGAGAUAUUCACAACGCUGUGAUGUUGAGCUUAAACUGGCCGUAGCACGGAAAAUGAAGGAUGAAGAAGGUUUUUACUACCCCCACAACGUUGAUUUCAGAGGACGUGCAUACCCCAUGCACCCACACUUGAAUCACCUAGGUUCAGAUUUAUGUCGUGGUAUAUUAGAAUUUGCCGAGGGACGCCCUCUUGGAAAGUCUGGCCUCCACUGGCUGAAGAUACACUUGGCAAAUCUGUAUGCCGGCGGUGUUGAUAAACUAUCUCAUGAGGGUCGUAUUGCAUUCACUGAAAAUCAUUUGGAUGACAUAUUUGAUUCAGCUGACAAACCUCUUGAAGGUAGUCGGUGGUGGUUGAAUGCAGAAGAUCCAUUGCAGUGUUUGGCUGCAUGCAUAACUUUAGCCGAUGCUUUAAGAAGCUCUUCCCCAGAAACAUUCAUUUCACAUACUCCAAUACAUCAGGAUGGCUCUUGUAAUGGCUUACAACAUUAUGCUGCCUUGGGAAGAGACAAGUUAGGGGCUGCUGCUGUCAAUCUAGUUGCUGGAGAGAAACCCGCAGAUGUUUACUCCGGAAUUGCUACUAGAGUAUUGCACAUUAUGCAAAGGGAUGCUCAGGAAGAUCCUGCAAUAUUUCCCGAUGCCCUACAUGCAAGGAAACUAGUUAAUCAGGUGGAUAGAAAAUUGGUUAAGCAGACAGUGAUGACAUCAGUAUAUGGUGUCACUUACAUUGGUGCGCGGGAGCAGAUAAAGAGGAGGUUGAAAGAAAGAGAAUCUGGUUUAGAUGAUGACGAACUCUUUGGCGCUUCUUGUUAUGCUGCAAAGGUCACCUUAACUGCCUUGGAGGAGAUGUUUCAAGGUGCACGGAAUAUUAUGAAAUGGCUUGGUGACUGUGCAAAAGUAAUUGCAUCUGAAAAUCAGCCAGUCCGCUGGACCACUCCUCUUGGACUUCCUGUUGUGCAACCUUACCGGAAACUUGGAAGGCAUAUUGUCAAAACUUCACUUCAGAUGUUGACAUUGCAACGAGAAACAGAUAAGGUCAUGACAAAGAGGCAGAGGACAGCAUUCCCCCCAAAUUUUGUUCACUCACUUGAUGGUACUCAUAUGAUGAUGACUGCGGUGGCCUGCAAAAAAGAAGGCUUGAAUUUUGCAGGGGUUCAUGACUCAUAUUGGACGCAUGCAUGUGAUGUGGAUAGAAUGAACAGAAUACUCAGAGAGAAGUUUGUUGAACUCUAUGAGACCCCAGUACUGGAAAAUUUACUGGAGAGCUUCCAGGGGUCUUUCUCAACAUUAAUGUUCCCCCCAUUUUCUGCAGCCCUCUGUAGGGCAUGGACUCUUUCUUUAGGGCUUAUUGACUGCAUUCUGAGUUAUUUCGGCAUGUGCAUAGUAGCAGACAACAGUUCUUCCGAAUGUGCUCGCGAUACAGGCCGUUCCUCAGUGGCAUUAUAUAUCUUUGAAGGCAUCCAGGGUCUUGAGGAGGACUCUUGUCUGGUAUGAUAAUAUAAAUUCACCCGUUCCACUGGAAUUUUUGAGGGUAUAUACCUUAACACCAGAUAGAAGCUUUCGUAGCUUUUGCAACAACCAUGAUGCUUUAAAGAAAAAAAUAGCCAAGGGAUAAAGCUUGGCAUUGCUAGUUAGUGAGUGUAGUAGUUAUUGAUUUCAAGAAUUUGGGAAGAGAUCUGCGAAUAAGUUCAGCUCACAAGUCUCCAUGAAAACUAUGCCAGGGAUAGUUGCAAGACCGUCUUUGAUAUCAAGAGAAUAGCGAAUGUGUACCUUAGAUAAGGUUUUACAUGUGUAUUUUGUACCAGCUUUCUUUUGUAAAUAACUAAAUAUAAAAGAAACAUUCUUUUUUAUUAUUUUAUAACAUGUUUAAGAUAAUUUAUUGUAGACAUUAUAUGCACCAAAAAUAGAAAAAGAAUAUAUGAGCCCUUUUUAGCUCAUGAAAUUUCAGAGACCAGAUGAAAUACUAAUCUUUCCUUCCUUAAAUAAACAUCUUCAUGGAUAUGGGAAAACAAUGAAGAUUUUUCAUAAGCAUCUACAUUUGUAAACCACCUUUAACAUGAUGAAAUAUUGAAAUGUCAUUUCCCUAUCACAAUGGAGCCCUCCAUUAAUCCUCUUAACACCACACACCUACUUCAAAUAAACCUUUACAGUGGCAGCAACAAAAUUGUUUUCCAAAUGACUCCAUUCUAUACUU